CAAUCGCCGUCUUCCGCACAACCAGCCCUUCAACAAAUCCCAUUGCCCUCGGUGAAUCAUUGACACACCGCCAUGUCUCUUCCCACCGCCUCGCAGCGGUAUUUGAGCACGCGAGGCGGUUCAUACGAUUUCACCUUCGAGAAUGUAGUCUUGAAAGGCCUGGCCUCCGAUGGCGGCCUCUUCAUUCCAGAAGAAAUCCCGACUCUGCCCCGCGAGUGGCAAUCACAAUGGAAGGACGCCUCGUUCCAGGAUCUCGCCUUCAACAUUUUCUCACUUUACAUCUCGCCACAGGAAAUACCGGCAGAGGACCUCCGCGACAUCAUCCAUCGCAGCUACUCUACUUUCCGCGCGCCCAAUGUCACGCCUCUCGUCACACUGGACGAGUCCAAGAACUUGCAUCUCCUGGAACUCUUCCACGGCCCCACCUUUGCCUUCAAGGACGUCGCGUUACAAUUCGUCGGCAAUCUCUUCGAGUAUUUCCUCGUCAGACGGAACAAAGGCAUGGAAGGUGAGCAACGACAACACUUGACCGUUGUAGGCGCAACAAGUGGAGAUACCGGAUCCGCCGCCAUCUACGGUCUACGGGGAAAGAAGGACGUCUCCGUUUUCAUCAUGUACCCGAAAGGCAAGGUCAGCCCGAUCCAGGAGGCUCAAAUGACCACCGUUGCCGACAACAACGUGCAUUGCGUGUCUGUCGAGGGCACCUUUGAUGAUUGUCAGGGCAUUCUCAAAACUCUCUUCUCCGAUCCGGAAACCAAUCAGCAAUAUCGCCUUGCCGCCGUCAACAGCAUCAACUGGGCUCGCAUCCUCGCGCAAAUCACAUACUACUUCCACUCCUACUUGUCCCUCUGCCGCCAGACGAGCAACGACAAGCCCAACGUGAGAUUCGUUGUUCCGACAGGUAACUUCGGCGACAUCCUCGCCGGAUAUUUCGCCAAACAAAUGGGUCUGCCAGUGGCAAAACUGGUGGUCGCCACGAACGAGAACGACAUCUUGCACCGCUUCUGGAAGACUGGCCACUACGAGAAGAAGCCCGUGCAUGGGCAAGAUGCCGAAGGGGGAAUCGCAGAGGAUGGUGCGAAAGCCCAUGAAGACGGUGUCAAGGAGACCCUCAGCCCCGCUAUGGACAUCCUUGUCAGCUCCAACUUUGAGCGCCUGCUUUGGUACCUCGCCUUUUCGACCAGCGACAUCAAGGAGGUCAAUCACAAGCGCAUGCAUGCGGGUGAGCUGGUCAAGGGAUGGCUGGGUCAACUGAAGACGGAGGGCGGUUUUGGUGUGAGCAAGGAGAUCCUCGCAGCAGCCAAAGAGGACUUUGAGAGCGAACGUGUCAGUGAUGAACAGACUCUCGCCACCAUCCGAGAAAUCCACGGCACAACCCUCCCCAAAACCCAACAGGCGAAUGGCACAAAGAGCGCUCCAACCUCCGGCACCCAGCACGACGGCCACUACAUCCUCGACCCCCACUCUGCCAUCGGUGUCGCAGCAUCCCUCCGCUCCAUCGAGACCGGAGGCGACGCCCACCACAUCGCCCUCUCCACCGCCCACCCCGCCAAGUUCUCUCACGCCGUCGAGCUUGCGCUGAAAGACGUGCCCGACUUCUCAUUCGACACCGUCCUACCCGAGCAAUUCGUGGGUAUGACCGACUUGCCGCAACGCGCUUCAUCGGCGAAGAAUGAUUGGAAGGAGGUAAGAGAGGUGAUUGGAAGGGAGCUGGAGACCGAGAAUCGGUAA